UAGCUAAGUAGUAACUAGAAUAGGUAGUGGAGGUUCGAGAAUCAGAGAGAGAAAGUAGAAGAAGAUAUGAUAAUAGCCUAAUACCAUCGCCGGACGUCACUAUCGGAGUUAAAUAAUUCACCGGAAAAGGAGGUUCAGAAGCCGAAUUCCGGCGACAAUUCUAUGUCCCAAGAUUUCCACCACCACCAAAACCAUCAAGGUGUAUUCAAUACUUUCUCGAAUAAUGACUUCGAGAAAGUACACGUCUCUCAUCAGAUCCGAAGAGACAAGCUUCGUCUACAAGGUUUCGACAUGGCCCCACCACUUUCCGACCAGAUUCCCGCCGGAAUUCACCCUUACGACUCCUCCUCCGCCGGAAUGCUCUCAGAGAUGUUCAAUUACUCCUUAUCCGCCGCCGCAGCAGGACCUACAACCGCCACCGACUUACUCGAGAAUCAGAUUUCUCAUAAUUAUGGUUCCUCUGAUUGGUACACUAACCCGAGACACAACCGUCAGAUUCCAAAUACAAUUAAUGGUGCGGAUUCCAUGCAACUUUUUCUCAUGAACCCUAAUCCCAGAUCUCCUUCUCCAUCUCCACCUUCUUCUAAUUCUUCAACUCUCCAUAUGCUUCUUCCAAACCCUACUUCCUUUCACAAUCCCAUUUCUCCGGUUCAGAUUCCGUGGGUCCCCGCCGGAGAAACCAGAGGAACUCAUGUCGUCGAAGGACAGGGACUUUCUCUUUCCCUCUCCUCCUCUUUACAACGUUUGGAGGCCGCCAAAGCUGCCGCCGACGAAUUUAGGAUGAGAGAUGGAAAUAUGAUCUUCUUUAACCAAAUAGGCGGUGGGUCUCAAUCGUUCGGUUCUCCCCGGGUCGGUUUCUCUGGAUCGAAUACAGUUAACAUGUUGAGGAAUUCCAAAUAUACAAAAGCGGCUCAAGAACUUCUAGAUGAAUUUUGCAGCGUGGGGAGGGGUCAAUUCAUUAAGAAGAACAAAUUUGCUAAACCAAAUAAUAGUAAUAAUAAUAAUCAAGACUCCUCCGCCGCCGGAGGUAGUGGCGGCGGCGGCGCCGGUGCUGGGUCGUCGUCGAAGGAUCUUCUUCCGUCAACGGCAGAUAGAAUUGAGCAUCAAAGGAGAAAGGUCAAACUGUUGGCCAUGCUUGAUGAGAUGGAUAGGCGUUACAACCAUUAUUGCGAGCAGAUGCAAAUGGUGGUGAAUUCAUUUGAAAUGGUAAUGGGAUUCGGUUCAGCUCUUCCAUACACAGCCCUAGCUCAAAAGGCAAUGUCUAGGCACUUUAGGUGUCUAAAGGAUGCAAUAACUGCACAAUUAAAGCUGAGUUGCGAGUUAUUGGGAGAAAAGGAUUUGGGCACCUCGGGUAUAACAAAAGGGGAAACCCCUAGGUUAAAAUUGUUGGAACAAAGCUUGAGACAACAAAGAGCCUUUCAUCAAAUGGGCAUGAUGGAUCAAGAAGCUUGGCGCCCUCAAAGAGGUCUACCUGACCGCUCGGUCAAUAUUCUUAGGGCUUGGCUUUUCGAACAUUUUCUUCACCCGUAUCCAAGCGAUGCUGAUAAACAUCUCUUGGCUCGACAGACCGGUCUCUCAAGAAACCAGGUAUCAAACUGGUUCAUUAAUGCUAGGGUCAGAUUGUGGAAACCCAUGGUGGAAGACAUGUAUCAACAAGAGGUAAUAGAAGAUGGAGAAGAGAGAGAAACAAACCCUAAUUCUCCUCAAAUUUCUUCAUCUUCUGCGACUGCUACUGUCACCCCUUUGGCCACAGCAUCUAUUGCUGCUACAGCCAAAAUCAAUGCACUUGAUAGUGACCCAUCACUAAUAGCAAUCAAUAAUCGAAGAAAUUGCUUCUCGGAAAACCAAGCAAACCAACCACAACAACAACAACAGCAACCUAAUAUUAUUGUCGCUAAUAAUUCCUACUCCAUUCCAAACCAAGCUUUGUUAUCUGCCGAUCAAAUCAUGGGUAAUUCAACCCUUAUUAGGUUUGGAGCUUCUUCCGGCGACGUCUCUCUCACUCUAGGGCUAAGGCACGUCGGAAACCUACCGGAGAAGAACCCUUUCUCCGUCACGGAUUUUGGCGCUUGUUGAUCAUCUCUUGUGAAACAAACUAGCUACGAUCCAAACGGAGUUUAUUUGAUUAUUUAAAGAAUGGACAUGGAUACGUUUAUAUAUAAUUAUGAUGAUUAUGUGUAAGGCGGGGAGAGAUUAAAAGAGUAUUAUACGUUUAUGGAAUGUUGUUAUAAUUGUAUAGCACAUUAAAAUUAAAUUAUUAGUCUCGUAUUGUUGCACU